AUGUCGGUAGCACGCGCAGCCUUUUCUCUGGCGCGCCGUGUGCCAGUCAAGCCAACUCGGAUCGUCCCUCGAACUUUCGCAACUGUCGCAGCUCGUCGUGGAAAAUGGGACCCGAAGCCUGGUGACCCUGAGGCGAAGUUACUGGCUUUUGAUGAAAUCAAGAGUUCUAAAGACCUCCUCCCACCUGGUGCUGAGCCUGGUACCAUUCCUACCGAUCUCGAACAAGCCACCGGUCUCGAGCGUCUCGAAAUCCUCGGAAAGAUGCAGGGCAUUGACAUUUUCGACAUGUCACCUCUUCCUUCAGACAGAGUCGGUACAUUCGAUGACCCAAUUGUUGUCAAAUCAGCUGGAGACGAAAUUCAAGCCGGCUGCACAGGUUCUCCUGCAGACUCGCAUAUUGUGAAAUGGCUAGUGCUAUCUCGCAAGCGACCAUUUGAACGAUGCCCCGAAUGUGGCAGCACCUACAGAAUGGACUACGUUGGACCCCCUGAUGACCCGCAUGACCACCACCACCACGGUUACGAAGAGCCAAAGACCAUGGCCGAUUAUGUCAAGCCUGAAUAUUGGUACCGGUGA